GGGAUGUCCGUGUCACUGUGGUGUGAGGAGGGCGGCCGGGGCCAGCCAGGGUCCCAGCUCAGAGCCCCCUGGGACCCCUGUGUGUCCGGGGACAGAGUGAUCCAGAGGCUGCUGCAGAUGGAGCUGAGAUACCUGCCCUCACCCCUCUACACGUCCCUCAUCCAGCGAGAGCCACACAGGAGGGAGGAGCUGGCCAAGUGGAUAUUAGAGGUGUGCUGUGAGAGUGGCUGUGAUGAGUCAGUGUUCCCUCUGUCUGUCUCUCUGCUGGAUCGCUUCCUGUCUGUCUCCCUGUCCCUGCCUGUCUCACCCCUCUGCCUGUCUGCAGCCUGCAUUCUCAUCGCCUCCAAGCUGACCGAGAGCAACACGGUCAGUGCGGACGACCUGUGCUCCUCUGCUGACUUCGGCUUCACAACCAAGGACCUGUGGGACAUGGAACGAGUUGUCCUAGCUACGCUCCGAUGGGAUGUUGCCGCGGUAACCCCGCAAGACUUCAUCCCACACUUCUUGUCUGCACUCGAGGAGAAAAAUGACGGACAGACAGAAACAGAAGCGUUUUUGUCUACUCUGCGUCGGCAUAGUGACACUCUGGUUGCCAUGUGUGUCUGCGACUCCCGUUUCCUGGGAACUCCGGCGUCUCUCGUCUCUGCAGCAGCUUUGAAUUCCGCCAUUCGGGGUUUGGGAAAAAGAGGUCCUCAGCUCGGUGAUGUGGCCACCGUGCUGGCAGCCCAUUGUCGGACUGAUGUGGCUGUACUGCAGUACUACACUGAUAUGAUAGAGGGCGCCCUCACAGAACGCCUGAGGAGUGGACUGGGGGAAAGAGAAGGGGAGCAGAAGGAUGGAGAAAUGGAGAAUGAAAGAUCCAGUACACCAACCGACCUGAGAGAGAUCAGUUUUUAA